AUGUCCACCACGUCCGAUGACGUGCUCACCGAACGCGACGCGCGCACGUUCAGCGAAUCUCUGGCCAAAUCAUUAGGAAUCUUUGCGACCAUUCCUCGACCGAUCGCCGAGGCGCACAUGCGAUUGCGUGGAUACGACGCCCCGCCGUCGAGCGUCUCGGACGCCGAGGUCCGAGGGGCGCUGUUGAAAGCGUUGUCCGACGAAGUCUUGCUCGAGCGCGAGGCGAAGCUACGAGGGGAGGCGUUCGAUCCGUACGUGAACGCGCGCGGACGACCGCAGGCGAGACGGACGCAGGAGACGGCGGAGCGACGGCGGUGCGAUAGGAGCAAUUCGAGGGAGACCAAGGGGAAGGCGUUGGGAGCGAGGAGUGAUAGCGAUGAUGAAGAUAGUGAGAGCGGGAGCUCGGUCGGGGGGGCGUAUAAACCGAGAGACGUCGCCUCGGCGAGCGAGGAGGAGACGUCAGAGGAGGAAUACGGCGACGCGAGCGGACCGAGCGAUGACGAUUACAAUUACUGCGACGACGAAGAGGCCGAAGCGGACGACGAUGGGAACUAUUUUGGACGCGCCGAGAUGGAGCCGCCGGCGCCAGACGGGGCGAAUCCGUUCGCGAGCAUCGAUUUUGACCUCGGCGAGGAGGCGCGGGUGCAAAUCGAGGAGGCAAAGAGAGUGUGCGCGGCGCGCGACGCGCGGGCGAACGAUCUCUCCGACGCGUUCACGAGCUUGCGCGCGACAACUGGAUCGGAGGUCUCCCCGGCGGUGUCGGGUCGAGUGGCGUUCAGCGAUAAAGAUGAUGUCGCGAGCAUCGCUGGAUCCAUCGCGGCGUCUGACGUCACUGACCGCUUCGACGCCGUGUCCCUCGCCAGCGUCGCCGCCACGCUCGGUUCAGACGCCACCGACAGAGUUGCCGAUGUCGAUUCGUUUUACGACGAUCUUCGCUCUCUCGCUGGUCGCGCCGAGGUGAUCUACGAGAGCGGCUCGGGCUCGGAUGGUGGAUUUCCUGGCACCGACUCGGACGAGGACCACGCGACGCAAAAGGAAAACGCACCACCGACGCCGUAG